CAAGAGGAAAAAAAAAAGGAAAAAAAGGAAGAAAGAAAGAAAGAAAAAACAAGUGGAGCCACACAAAUUCGCACUGGGGUAGUUGAUGGCACAAGCCAUGUUUUCCCGGUGACUGUGAGUCUCUGCCCCAACUCUCUGUAUUGUUUUUCUGGAGUUCUCCUUUCCCGCCCAUUUCCGCCAUCCCCUGCCGUCUGUUCAUUCACAUGGCGACUUCUGUGGCGGUGACGACGACGGCGAUGAUGAUGAUCAUUUCUUUCUUUCUCUCGCUUUUCGCCUCCAUAAUCGCCGGCGAAUCAUCCCUAAAUUUCUCCGGAUAUCACUAUUUCGACGGCCCUUCAGAUUCCGCCAGUCUCUGUUCGCAGCUUGUUCAGCCUGCUGGUUACCCUUGCUCCGAACACACGGCCGUAACAGAUGAUGGUUACGUAUUGGCUCUACAACGUGUGUCGACUAGCACUGGGAAUUUGAGACAAAAUCCGGGUCCUCCGGUUUUGCUUCAGCAUGGACUCUUUAUGGGUGGUGAUGCUUGGUUUCUAAAUCCCCCCGAAGAGUCCUUGGGCUUCAUCCUCGCAGAUCAGGGUUUUGAUGUUUGGGUGGGUAAUGUGCGUGGAACGCGAUGGAGUCAUGGGCACGUAUCUUUAUCCGUAAAAGAUAAGGUUUUUUGGGAUUGGAGUUGGCAGGAGUUGGCUCUACAUGACCUUCCAGCAAUGCUUUGCUAUAUAAAUUCAGUAACAAACUCCAAAGUUUUUUAUGUUGGACAUUCGCUGGGAACUAUAAUGGGUCUGGCUGCUUUCACUCAGCCGGAUAUAAAUAUUGGAGAUAUGGUUGAAGCUGCCAGUCUUCUCUCCCCAAUAGCGUACUUAGGGCACGCAAGUGCUGGGCUUGUACUUCGACUGGUUAAUAUGCAUCUUGAUGAGAUUAUUUUGGCCAUGGGUAUUCAUGAACUCAACUUGAGAAGUGCUUGGUGUAUCAACCUUAUUGAUGCCAUAUGCGAUGCCCAUAUAGAUUGCAAUGACCUGCUUAGUUCUAUAACAGGGAAGAAUUGUUGCUUCAACAACUCACGUGUGAACUUCUAUCUUGAGUAUGAACCACACCCAUCAUCCACAAAGAACGUGAACCAUUUAUUCCAAAUGAUUCGUAAGGGUGCUUUCUCAAUGUAUGACUAUGGAUUAUUGAAAAACCUGGUGCACUAUGGCCAAUUGAACCCCCCUCAAUUUAAACUUGGCCAUAUACCCAAGACACUGCCACUAUGGAUAGCCUACGGGGGCAAUGACGCUCUAGGAGAUGUGACGGAUGUUGAAUACACCGUCAGGAAAUUGAAGUCUAAACCAGAGUUACUUUAUCUUGAGAACUAUGGUCAUGUGGACUUCAUUGUCAGCGUAAAUGCAAAGAAAGAUGUAUAUGAGCCUAUGAUCAGCUUCUUUCAGUCAAGGGCAAAAGCUAGUAGUCUAAAGUGACAGCUUGGUAUUGUUGCCAAAAAAAAAAACAAAAAAAACAAAACAAGUGUCUCCUUGCUUGGACCGAGUAAUUUGUAAUGUUCAUGAAUAUAGUAGUGUGUGUGUGUAUAUAUACAUGCAUAUAUUGUACGUUCACAUUAUUUUCACGUAAUUGUUCUAUGUAGCUGUAACGAAGAGACAGGGGAAGAAAAACAGAAGUGGACAGAGCGGAAGAGAAGUGCGGUAGCUGGUAAGAACGUAGGUUUAUCAGUGGUAAUAUCAAAACGAGGUUUCAACUGUCAAAGAGCCCGAUUAUCUCUUACCAAGAAAAGUACAUUUCAAUAUCAGUUGACACACAGUCAGACAUGCAUGGUUGGGAAGCUUAAGGGACCAAGUUCAUUCAAAUGUAAGACUGGUAGGUGCAUAUAGAAAAGCCUCCCUCUUGGGAAUGGAAGUUACUUGAACGACAGCCUUAACUAUCAAAUUAUGUUUCCCUAUAGACAAUUGUAUAGACAUAAGCAACUGCCGUUUUCUCAUCUGGUUCUUCUGCUGUUGCUUAUAUUAAUGCUUCGUUUGAGUCAUCUUCUUCUACUUGUGUCAAUCGCAUGCAGCUAUAUUCUAUGUAAAGUGUAAAGCAAGCUUGUUACAGUUGGACUAAUUUUGAGUUGUCGAAAUAUUAUUGCUGUUGGUACAUUUUGUUUUGGUUUUUCCUGGAUUCUAAACAACACCGCAAGAGGUUUGUGAUUUUGUUUAACGAGGCUGAAGUGCCUGCUAAGAUUUGC